AUGGCUGAUCAGGUUGUGGCGGGAGCAGCGGUCCAUGAGGGCGCAGCGGAAAGUGCUGCCAAGACGUCGAUGUGUGGAACAGGUGAAGAGAACAGUGCACCGAGGAAGUCGAUGGCUAAGGCUUCCCGCGGCAGCAAGGAGGAUGGACACGAUCACCUCAACCGGUGUCUUGUAUACUGCAGGCUGCGCCCAACAAAUAAGACUGACUACAAGGAUGGAAGCUUCCAGCUGGUUACAGUGGAGAAUAAUUCUGUUGUUGUGAAGGAUGAGCGUCAUUACAACUACGACGGGGCGUUUGAUGAGUAUAGUACACAGGAGCAAAUAUUCGAUGCUGUUGUGGUACCGUGCGUCACUCACGCACUCGAAGGCUUUUGCUCCGCGCUGAUGUGCUAUGGUCAGACCGGCACCGGCAAGACGUAUACCAUGUGCAAUAACACGCCGGGGAACGAGGGUAUCAUCCCGCGUGUGGCGAAGUUUCUCUUCGAUAAGGUGCAGUCAGACACAACCCGCCGCUAUGAGAUCAUUGGGCAGUUUGUGCAGAUCUACCGUGAUCACCUCGGUGACUUGAUGACGGGCCACGGUAGGGACCGUGUGGACAUCCGCUACGAUGAGGAGACCGGCGUAGAACUCACUGGUUGCUCCUCUCACGUGCUGCAAAGUGCGCAGGAGUUCAUGCGGUUCUACCAAACCGGCAAUGAGCGCCGUGUCGUGACGGCAACCGCCAUGAACCCAGAGUCCAGCCGUGGACACACGGCGCUCAUUGUGCGCAUCAUCUCUGAGGGCGUCAAUGAUCCCCUGGCGAGAAAGAUAAGGGGCAAGAUUACGUUCAUUGACUUAGCUGGGUAUGAGCGAUUUAGCAAGACGGGCAUCACACAUGAAAAUCCAAUCAUGAAGGACGAGGCGAAGUGCAUCAAUGCAUCACUGCUUUCCCUCAGCCAUGUCGUCUCGGCUCUGUCGUCAGGCGUCCGUCACAUCCCAUGGCGUAAUUCAAAGCUCACACGUAUUUUGCAGGACUCCGUUGGUGGCAGGAGCCGCACUUCUAUUAUUCUCACCGUUGGGCCGAGCAGUGAUCACCUCCAUGCGACGACCAACUCGCUGCAAUUUGGCUUGCGAGCUAUGGCUGUGAAGGUUUCCGCGAAACAGUAUGUAUCUGUGGAUUACGAAGAACUGGCUCGCAAGCUACAGUCACUGUUGAAUGAGAGAGAUGAGAAGAUCAACCUGCUCGAGCUACAGAUCGCUAGUCGGAGUGCUGAACAAAAGGAGUUAGUGGAGCGGUACGAAGAACAUCGUGCAGAUCUCAACAAGCGAUUUGAGAGCGACAUGGCACAUUUAAAAGAGGUUGGGGCGUCUGAGGAACAGAUGCAGAAGCUGCGCGAAGUAUACCGAGCGGAGGAGGAUAAUCUACAGGAGCAGCAGAAUGAGGAAAUUCAGUAUCAGGAAGAAGCACGCUCAAAGGAGAUCAUGAAACUCAUUCAUGAACAGGAACAUCAGGAAGGGCGGCGCCGAGCAGAGAUGAAGUUAGCACAGGAGCGAAUUAUUGACGAAUUUCAAGGUAAACUGGACAAGGCUCGUGAAGGUACAAAUGAUGACCUCAUCAAUGCAUUACAACAAUUGUCUGUGAAGGACUCCAUCCUGGCGAGUCGUGCUAAUGACACCGCUAGGCUGCACGAGCACAUUGAAGUACUCACGGAACAGAUUAAGGAGUUGGGCGGCGUGCCUGUUCAGGAAGCCAAUUUCCCAGAGACCUUCCUUGACGUUGGUCAGGUGGAAGAAAUUCAGAGGCAGUUGGAGGCGGAGGUGGAAAGGCAGCGCUCCAAGGUGGUGGAAUUGCGUGCGCAGAUUGAUCGGCUUUCCCUUACAUGCAGCGAGCGCGUUGAGGAAAUUAACAAGCUACGUGAUGAGAAUGUAGAGCUGCGCUUUCACCUUCAGAAGAGCGGUGUGGAGCUAGGUGAAUCGGACGAAUUGACAGAGUUCCUCCGUGAGAAGCGCGCCAUGAUGGUUGACGGCACCAAGAUGGAGACACUUCGUGUGACAAUGCAGGCUGACUUGGAUGAGCUGAAGGCGCGCAACGAGGAGCUGGUUCGGGAGUUAGAACGCCUCAAGACGGAACGUUCGCAGCAUUCCUUGCCACUCACCGCACGCAUUCGGGGCACGGCGCGUGGCGUCCCUCCUCUCUACCCGCAGCCUGGCACAGGGCGUUGUGUGGGCGCGUCCCGGCACUUUUUUCUCACUGGCGAAGAUUUGAGGUCGUCAUCGUACUCGUCACAGAGCGACACCGCACAGAAAAGUGUCAAACAGCUAUCCGACCAGUUGGCCUUCAGCCUGCAGGAGAAAACUGCUCUGCAGGAGCGUGUGCGGUCGCUAGAGUCAAUGAUGGCGUCGCACGGGCUGGCGGCGCCGCAGCCGUACGUGCCGCCAAUCAAGUUGGAACUACCCGGCAUGGUGCCGGCUAUGUCCAACGACCACAAAGCUGAGGUGUCGCCAGACACCGACGUUGGUGUGCUGCUAAAGGUGAAAGACGACGAGAUUGAGACACUUCUGGAGACAAUUGAGAGGCAGGAGUACUUGUUGGCGACCGCAAGGUCUAAUGAUGAGUUUCAUCAACAGGUGAUUAGUGAACUUCAUCAAGUGAUUUCGGCAGCAGAACUGGUUCCGCCGGAGCACAGGAGCGCCCCCCCGCCGGUGGAAUCCAUUGCAAUGGAUGAGUACAUGAAUAUACUACGAGUAGUGCGUGACGGGGAACGGAAGGUGGCUUCUCUCUUGGCGGAGCGUGAUGGCAACGACCCAGUAGAUGUAGAGUUGAUCCUUGAGGAGAAAGACAAGGAACUCCAGCUCAAGGAAGAGUUGGUCAUUGAGAAGGCCUCCAAGGCACAGUAUGUGGCAAGACUGUGUAUCCGUCUCAAGAAUCAGAUGGAACGUCUGGACAUCGUUCCAUGUUGCCAGCUCCCAGAAUCGUACCGUGAGUUGAUUGGGCGUGAAGAAUGCGAGCUGGAGGAUCAGAUCGAGUCGCAGCGUGAUUUGGAAGGACGGCUGCACGCCCAGGAGAUGGAUAGACUGCGCAUGGAAAAGAUGCUUCGCACUUUGAACGAAGAGCGUGAAAGGGAAGCCGUCGUUAUCCGUUCAGCAAACGCGCGGUGCAAGGAGGCGGAGCAGAAAGAAAUGUAUGCUAGGGCCGAGCUGGUGCGACUGUCACAGCAGAAAAGCCAGAAGGAGGUGACGCUUGAGGAUGCAUUACGCAAGGCUACACGGGAGCUCAUGGACAAUCAGGCCAGGCUGGCAAAAUUGGAUGAAAUAGAAAAGGGCGGAUUCCUCAAGUUGCUCUUUCGAUUCCACAGAUCUUAG